AUGUUGUUUCUCGUCAUUUGUGUCGCAGAAAUGGCUCUCGGUCAGGUCCGUUAUUCUAUACCUGAGGAAAUGGCGACGGGCUCUCUUGUCGGGAAUAUCAUUCAGGACUUGGGCUUGGAUAUUAAACGGCUGAAAUCUGGGCGGGCUAGGAUAUUUACCGAGGACGGCAGUGAGUACAUCGGUCUUAAUUUGGAUAAAGGGACUCUUAUCGUUAACAAGAGAAUAGAUAGAGAGGAGCGGUGCGGACUCGUGUCUCCUUGCUCUCUGCAUUUUCAAAUAAUACUCGACAAUCCUAUGGAGCUACACCGCAUCGAUGUGGAAAUUCUUGAUAUCAAUGAUAAUGCUCCAGUUUUUCCCAAGAGGGAAAUGAAUUUUGAAAUUAGUGAAUUAGCUGUAAAGGGAGCACGGUUUUCUCUGGACAGCGCCAGAGACCCAGACGUUGGGUUGAAUACUCUCCAGACGUAUAAACUUAGCCCUACAGACCAUUUCAAAUUAAAUAUGCUAUCUCGACCCGACGGAACUAAAUAUGCUGAAAUGGUCCUCCAGACCAUGUUAGACAGAGAAAAUCUAGAAGAGCAUAAACUAACACUAACAGCAUAUGAUGGCGGCGAUCCCCCUAAAUCAGGGUCUGUCAAAAUUAACGUUAUUGUAAUGGAUGCAAAUGACAAUGCACCUGUGUUCAGUCAGUCUCUUUACAGAGUGACAGUCCCUGAAAACGCGUCAAGGGGUACUGUCAUUUUAAAGGUUAGUGCCACGGAUGCUGAUAAGGGAACAAACGGAGAGCUAUUGUAUUCGUUCUCUCAAAAUAGUGAUAUUACAUCAUCUGUUUUUAAUAUGGAUCCCCAUACCGGGGAAAUGACCGUGAGAGGUGAGUUAAAUUACGAAAAAGUCAAACAGUAUGAAAUUGAUGUAGAGGCUACAGACAAAGGGGGACUGAGAGACACGAGCAAGGUGCUGAUUGAAGUGACCGACGUAAAUGACAAUGCCCCUGUCAUAAGUAUAAUUUCUCUUUCUAAUCCCAUACCAGAGGAUUCGGCUCCAGACACUGUUAUAGCUAUGCUCAAUAUCAAAGACUUGGACUCAGGUAAAAAUGGCCAGGUGAAAUGUUUUAUUAGCCCAGAUUUACCUUUCAAAAUCAAGUCAACGUCGACCAAUUUCUAUAGUUUGGUAUCCGAUGAUGUUUUGGACCGUGAAACAGUUCCGGAAUAUAAUAUAACAAUAACAGCAAUGGACGAGGGUUCUCCUCCUUAUUCAACAAACAAAACGAUUAGUUUGAAAAUAUCAGACGUAAACGACCACGCCCCAAUGUUCCCACAACCAUUUUUCAACGCUUAUAUCACUGAAAAUAAUUCACCUGGCAUGUCACUCCUCUCUGUCAAAGCCAGUGACCAAGACUCUGGGAACAAUGCGCGUAUUUCCUAUUUCCUUGAAGAUAGCCAGCUGAAUGGGAUUUCAGCUUCGGCUUAUUUUACAGUGAAUGCAGAGAGUGGAGAGAUACUUGCUGUGCGUUCCUUCGACUAUGAGCAAACAAAAGAGUUCCAUAUUCGCGUCAAAGCGCAGGAUGGAGGCUCUCCUCCUCUCAGUAGCAAUGUGACAGUGAAAAUACUGAUCCAGGACCAGAACGAUAACCCUCCUCAGGUUCUGUACCCAGUCCAGACUGGUGGCUCUGUGGUGGCUGAGAUGGUGCCUCGUUCAGCAGAUGUGGGCUAUCUGGUGACUAAAGUGGUGGCUGUUGAUGUGGACUCUGGACAGAAUGCCUGGCUGUCCUAUAAACUGCAGAAAGCCACAGACAGGGCGCUGUUUGAAGUGGGCUUACAGAAUGGAGAAAUCAGAACUAUCCGCCAAGUCAGUGAUAAAGAUGCAGUCAAACAGAGACUGACUGUUAUAGUGGAGGACAACGGGCAGCCCUCUCGUUCAGCUACAGUCAUUGUCAACGUGGCGGUGGCGGACAGCUUCCCUGAAGUGCUGUCGGAGUUCACCGACUUUCCACACGACAAGGAGUACAAUGACAACCUGACUUUUUACUUAGUGCUGGCUCUGGCUGUAGUUUCCUUCCUCUUCAUCAUCUGUUUAGUUGUUAUUAUAUCAGUCAAAAUCUACAGAUGGAGACGCGAGCGCCUGUUUUACAAAUCCAGUGGGAAUCUUCCUGUCAUUCCGUAUUACCCGCCCCUUUAUGCAGACGUAGGAGGUACCGGUACGUUGAAGCAGGCGUUCAGUUACGAGGUGUACGGAACAACUGACUCCCGGAAGAGUGAUAUGAAGUGCUCUGAACCCUUCAGUCAGAGCACUCUGGUUGUUGACCAUAGUGCAACUAGGACAGUGCCAAGACAUCAAAGAGAGUCAGAGAAUAUACUCACGGAGGUGAGAUCAGCCCAUUCCUUGCUUUCUUAA